CGCGGCCGCUCGGGGCCGAGCGGGGCCGAGCGGGGCCGAGCGGGGCCGCGGCUUCCCAGGCGCGGGGAGGGACCCCGGGCUGGGCUGAGGCGGCGGCGCCAUGGGGAAGCGGGACAACCGGGUGGCUUAUAUGAAUCCCAUAGCUAUGGCCAGAGCACGAGGUCCUGCACCAAAUUCAGGACCAACAAUACAAGACUACUUGAACAGGCCAAGACCAACAUGGGAAGAAGUGAAAGAGCAACUAGAAAAGAAAAAGAAAGGAUCCAGGGCUUUGGCUGAGUUUGAAGAAAAGAUGAAUGAGAAUUGGAGGAAAGAACUGGAAAAACACAGGGAAAAAUUACUGGGUGGAAAUGAGAGUUCCUCCAAAAAGAAAGAGAAAAAGAAAAAGGAAAAGAAGAAAUCUAAUAGGUUGUCUUCAUCUUCCUCUUCUUCAUCAAGCUCUGAUUCUUCCAGCAGUUCAUCUGAUUCAGAAGAUGAGGAUAAAAAGCAAGGGAAGAAAAGAAGAAAAAAGAAGUAUCGCUCCUCCCGGAAGUCUUCAGCAAGCUCAACUUCAGAAUCUGAGUCAGACAGCAAGGACAGCACAAAAAAGAAGAAGUCAAAGGAAGACUGUGAAAAAGAGAAGGAAGGUAAAAAUCACCACAGGAAAAGGAAGAAAGCAGAUCGUGGUGAUGGACCUUUAUCAUCAGAAUCUGUAUCUGAAUCGGAUCAGACAGAGGAGGUGCAAGCAAAAAAGAAGAAAAACAGUGAGGAAAAGGAGAAAACAGAUAAAACAAAAAAGAGAAAGAAGCACAAGAAACAUGGUAAAAAGAAGAAAAAGAAGAUUGCUGGCUCAAAUUCAGAUUCAGAAUAAUAUUUAAAAAACCCCAAGACUAUCAACAGAAGUGUAAUGACUGAAGAAAACUUAAACUGUGAAAUGACAGCAAACUUUACCAAACUGCAUGAGUUUUCCUGUGUUUUAGAAAUAUUUCUAAUCUUUCAAUAGCAAACCAGAUGCAGCUGUGCUGGGACAGACCAUUGUUAUUGACUGCUGCUUAAUACAUGAGGUACAACUUUUAGAAAAUUCCAGUAAGCAGUGAUGGAUGUUUGAAACAGUGUGAGAUGGUAGGCCAGCUGAGGUGUAAAAUAUUGGAAAAUAAGAGUUAAACUUUUUAGAUAGUAAAAGUAGUCUUUUAAAGCAUUAGUAAUAGUCUUUAUUUGUAAAUCAGGAUAAAUUAAAUCCCAAGUUCAUCCUGCAGGUUAAACUAUUACAAGCUGGUGUCUGCUAAUGGAAAAUUAAUAACAUUUAAAAGGCUGCCUUUGUAGAAAUGUGUAUCAUCUGGUCCCUAACCAUCUUCAUGCUUAUGAGAAAGGGAAUGCUACCAUUUUGGCUAACUGAAUAGGGUGCCUUUGCCUUUGAUUCUUGCAAAUCUCCGCUAUUUUUAAUCCAUGCAGCAUCUCUGAUUCCUGGGAAGCUAGAGCUAUUGUUAGCAGACUUUUUCUGAAUAAGCAGUUUUGAGCUUCCAAGCAUGUGCUUCUGCAUUAAGCAAGAGCAAUGACAUUUUGCAGUCUGACAGUCAAAACCUGAGUAUUUUACCUCUGCUUCUUUGAAAUAGCGAUAGACCUUUGCUAGUAAAUAUGCGUAUUUCAUUUAAUGUCUUUUUGGUUUAAUUGAAAACUUCUUGCAAACACUGGUAGCUUUGUUUGCAUUACCUUUAGAAUUGUUUUGCAUGAUUUGUACCAUUUUUAAAUUAACAAAAUGCAGGUAAUAAUUUGUUGUAACCAGUUCUAUGAAUUAUGUUCCACAUGCAGAGUUUCAUGUAUGUAUUUAGUUAAAGUUCAUUGCUGUGUUUAAGUGCACACUUGCUGAAGAUAUUUAGCAUGUAAAAAGCAGGGUUUUGAUACCUUAACAGCUUCAUAUUGAAGCUGAUUUUACUCUAAGCAAGUUCAGUGGCAGAUCUGUUACGUGACAUGUCUUGUUAGAUAAAAAAACUACUGCCAGAAUCUCAUUAAAGAUACUGUUUAAACAGUUUGUAUUUAUAUUUUUGUACUUGAGGGCUACAGAAUGUUAACCUAAGUCAUAAAGCUGAUUACUUUAAUUUAGUUGCUUUAGAUAUUGGAAAAAAAGCUUUUUUAAAUUAAAUGUGCACACAAGAACACACAAGCAACCAUUUGAUUUUAGUUUACAUGAAAUUCUCGCUAUAUUUUCCAUUGAAAUACUGAUUGCUGGGCCUUCUGUUAGCUUUUAACAACUGCCCAUCCAUCCCAGGCAGUCAACUAUACAUUGUAUUCUUGAUCCACCCCUUUUUUUCAUUGCACGGGUGCUAACUUAGAACUUACCUCUGUUACAUACAGAUGUUUCAAAUAUUGUAUUGCCAAGAAUUUCAAGAGCUUUAAGACAUUGAUUAUUAGUCUGCAAACCAUAACUAAAAACUAUGGGAGAAAGAUUAUUUCAUGUUGCCUUUGUACAGAGGAAUUGACUUGAAGUUCUUGGGGCAAUACAACCAUUGCAGCAUUACAACAUUGCAGCAAUGGCCCUCUAAAUUAUAGUAAUAUUUUUAUCAAAUAUUUUAUAGUGUUGGGCUUGAUGUUACCAAUUCUAGACACUGCUUUGUCAGUGAGGUUAAAAUAAAGGCAAGAUGCAGUGAACAGUAGGGUAUUGAUUUGGGGUUUGUGUUUAGUUUUGUUGGGGUUGGUUUCUUUUUAAAUUGUGGUGUUGCUGUUUUGGUAGAAGAACUUGUAAUGAACCAUAGCAUAAAUGCUCUGUCCUCUGUGAUAACCUUAUUUGACUUUUGCACAACCACCUGCCACAGAAAGAAAUAAAAAUGCAAAUGAGACCCAGUCUUCCAAAUACCUAA